AUGGCGGCCGGCGGGCAGUGGACCCAGCAGCUCCACGGGCUGCUGCUGGGCGACGGCAGCUUGGCGGGCCCGAGGGCGUUCAUCUCACGCUUGACCGCGCGCAGCGGCAACUGUGACAUGGUGACAAAUAUCAUCAGAGCGGCCGAGAAGGGGGGAGCCCGCGUCAACGUGGAUGCCAGGUCGCACAGCGGCUACACGGCACUCCACCCGGGCGCCAUAAACGGCCCGGGGACAAUCACUCUACACGGCCAGGAGAAGAUCAUCACCAUGCUGGUCUACAGCUACCACGCCAAGACCGACCUGAGGGACUACAGCGGGAAGAAGCCGCACCAGUAUUUAAAGGAAGGGACCUCCUCUGCGGUCAGGCGCUUGCUGGGGGACCCCAGCCUUCCCCAUAACGUGGAGCCCUCCAUGCCCAUCAAGAAGAGCACAAAGCUUGCGGCUUCAAUCUUGAGCUCCACUAGCACUUUCCUGGGGGUCAUAUCUGAUGACAUGGCUUUCUACGAUCUCACCAAAGGUUUAAGGAAGCCCUCGUCCUUAAACAAGCUCCUGGCUGCCACUACGGGCCCGAGGAGGAAGCCAAAGACCAGAGGGGGCUUCCCUUCAUAUUCCUCCCUCUCCGAGGUAAUGGAGGAGGAGGAAGAGGAGGUCGUCGUGAAACGCAGACCCGUUUCUGAGCUGUUCUUUGGCCACUAG